AUGGCCAUCAACCAACAGUAUCAGUUGACCAACGAGCAGAAGGAGCACUUCAUUCGCAGAGGGUUUCUCCAGCUUAAAGCGUGCUUCACUAAAGAACAAGCCGAUGCAGUGACAAAGAAUGUAUGGACUCGUUUGGGUAUGGACCCCUUAGAUAAGUCCACCUGGACUGCCUCGAGGACAAACAUGCCAAACCACAAGGCGUUCAGUGCUGAUGAAUUGGCACCACGAGCUUGGGCUGCGAUAUGUGAGCUCUGCGGCGGUGAAGACAAAAUAUCCCCAGAAAGUAAAGAGUGGCGAGACGGACUCAUUGUUAGUCUGGGGAGUCCUGAACUUGAAGGGAAAGAAGUACAGCCCCAAGAACUUGAUGGAUGGCAUGUUGACGGGGACUUCUUCGUGCACUACCUUGACAGCCCAGAGCAGGGCUUGCUCGUGAUUCCUCUUUUCUCUGACAUCGUGCCAGGGGGUGGUGGAACGAUGAUCUGCCCAGAAGCUAUCCCCAAAGUUGCCGCUCACUUGCGGGAUCAUCCUGAGGGCGUAUCACCGCGAAUGCUUCCUAGGGGACACAAUGACUUCUAUAAAGAGACGGACUUGGGUUGGUUCUGUGACCUGGCAAAGACCUGUUCCGACUUUGUCGAAGUCACCGGGCAGUGCGGCGAUGUCUUCAUACUGCAUCCACUGAUGCUUCAUAGUGCAUCAACCAAUCCGCUGAGGAAAGUAAGAAUCAUUACGAAUCCUCCGGUGUCUCUCUCACAGCCUUUCAUUUUCAGCCGAGCCGACAACGCCUACUCACUAGUUGAACAAGCAACUCUGCGAGCGCUCGGAGCGACAUCGCUCCCUGGAUGGCAAAUUGCUCAGCCUAGAGAACCCAUUAUUCCAAACAGGGCGAAGCUACACGAAAAGAUGAAGUUGGAGGAACUGCAGCGACUGAAUGGGAUGGCCGCUGAGGUAGUGACGAGUACAUAUCUCUAG